CAACAAAACUCCACACCACAGUCAACAGCCGAACGUUGAACAGUGCAGAUCAAGCAGGUGAAUUCGGUUCCGGAGUUUGAACAAGUGAUUUCAGUGUUUUUUUGUGUGUCGAAAUUGCGCAAUCUGUGAUCAUCCGGGAUAAUUUGAAAUUGAAACCACAAAAACGAUAAUUAGAAAACGAAUAAGAAUGCAAUCAACCAGUGCAAUCGUUGGUGUCGUGCUCCUGGCAGCCGUCGUGAGUGCAGAAUUCGGUUACUACAUCCCAAAGGCCUUCUACAAAAUCGAUGAGAAUGGUUACAAAUCCCCACUGACCUACAUCGACAACCUGCCGCCACUCUUUCAUCGCACGAGGAGAUCCGCUCAGCUGGGUGGAGUAAACUUCGGCUUCCCGAUCCAGUUCCCCUCAUUCCCACAGAUCCCCACCGGAGCGGGAAACUUCCAGGGAGUACAGACCACCAUCACCAGUAAUGGGGGCGGUGGCAACCUGGACAACCGUUUCGACGAGGGCGGCCAAACCGUUCACACGACGUUCACCUCGUUCAACAACAACAACGGCCAUUUCUCCCAGACGACGCAUUUCUUCGACAAGGACGGUAAGGUGAUAACCCACAAGCAUGAGUCCGCUCCCGGAAGCCAAUCAUCCAACAACAGCAACAACAACCAGCCACAGUCGGACUCCCCGGCUUCUUCACCUUCGUCGUCGACGUCAUCUGCGUCACCAUCCUCCCCAUCUUCUUCUUCUUCACCGACCCAGAAGAAGAAUUAGGUUCCCCCCGAAGAUCCCAUUCAACGACGAUCAACCCCAAAAGCUUCACAAUUCGCAUAGUCAUAAUGGACACGGAGAUGGAAGCAGCAAAAAAUAAAGUAAAUCGACAGAUAAAAAAUUGUAAAAAUAUGUCAAAAGAUAGAUAGAAGAUCGACAUUAGGAGAUCACUUUUUUUUAAGUCCUACUCGCCGUCGGAAACGUAAAAUAUCCCAGUAAUUAAAUCGACUCGGCAGACUCAACAAAAACUGCCGGUAUGAUCGCCUCGAAGCGAUAAAAAAUAGACAUGAUCGUGUGAUCGUUUGAUCCAAAGCGCACAAUCUGAUCUUAGACUUCCUGCAAAGACUACACAUUGGGAAGACGCGCCACUUCUAUUCUGGCUGUGAAACUUUUGCACAGACAAACAGACUUAACAUUUGGAGCCAGUUUCAUCGUCUUCUGGUGAAAAUGUUGGAAGAAGUACUGUUUUGCGCAAUGAGAUCACCGGAAGGCGCUAAUGUUAAACGUCAAACAUUAAGAACGUUGCAAGCUUCUCUUGUUGUAAGGUUUGUAACAUACUGAAUUUAUAACGAUCGUUAAAAAAAUGGUCGAUGGAAAUUUCUUAAGUGUCACAUCCGUUUCUCUGUGGCUUUAGUGUCUCACUUCCAGACAGAAUAGCGGUCUUCUCCUAAAAGUAUCUCUGCCUGAGCUGGGAUGCUCAUUCAAUAUGGAAAAAAAUCUGGAACGAACAGGAAACGGCGGCGUGAAAUUAUACGCGCAAAUUAGCGCGAUAUGCGAAGAAAGCAAAAAUCGAAAUGAAUCUCUCUUUUUCGUGUCACAUACAUUUGACCGCUGCGCGGUGCGCGUGGUCGAUCGCCGCGCCCCCUCGUGUGUGUAAAAGAUACACAUCUAUCUAACAGUGUGUAUAGAAAUCAAGCGGAACGAAUCAAAGAGCUUCUUCGGAGUCGGAUCGGAUCGGAUCAAAACGCGGCUUCGCGGCCGAUGAACGGUGUGACGCGCGGAGAAUGCGAACUUCCGAAGCCUCCCCAAAACUAAUUUAUUGUGUGUGUACUGAUUCGUAAUUUAAAAUGCCAAUUUAAGUUAAUGCCUAGAGUUUAGGAUGAUAGCAAGAUACAAGAGGAAAAAAGAAGAAAAAACUAAAAUGAAUAAAGUAGUUUUACGAUGUUAAGCAAUAA